CAAAAGUUGAAGCGUGAAAAAAUAUAAUCAAAAUUUUAUUUGCAAAAAUGAAAUUCACACUAAGUAUCCUGGCACUAUGUGGAUUAAUUGCCAUGGCAUUUUCAGCACCGCUUGAUGAUUCUGCAAACGCACAGAUUUUGUGUUAUGAUUUCGAUAACAUCGGAGUGGAUGGCUAUGACUUUAGUUUUGAAACCAGUGACGGCGUCCGACGUAAGGAAAGUGCAGAACUAAAGGACAUAGGCGAUGGGAAAAAAGCGCUUACAGUAGAUGGCUUUGCAGUUUGGACAGCACCAGACAACGAAAUUUACAGAUUGGACUAUGUAGCCAAUGAGAAAGGUUUCCAGCCCAGAGGAGAUCAUUUACCACGCUGAUGGCGGUUUUUAAGUCGAAUAAUACCGUAACACGCUACCUGUACUUUUAAUUGUUGUUAUAUAAUAUUUUUUU